GAGAAGCUAACUAGUUCUAGAAGUGAACCCAGAUCAGGAUGCAGUUCAUCGGUCUAACUUUGCUGGCUUUCACUUGCCUGGCGGCUUUUCCGGCUGCCACUCCUGCUCUUCUGGCACCAAUUCGAUCCAAUGGAACUCUGGCUGCCCCGAGCAACUUUGCCCUGGAACUGAGGGCAGUUAUCCGUCAAAUACCAAAGGACAACAUCGAGGAUCUAGUUCGGAUCUAUCUGCUUAACGAUGUGGAGUUCCAGGGAUUGAUCAGGACAGUGAACUCGGUGUCCGCCUAUCGAUUCUACCGGCAGUUGACCAACCAACCUGAAGUAAGACAACUGCUGCAGUGGCUCAACCAACAGCUGGUCUUGUCCGGUGGUUCCCUCAAGGUGUUCGACUAUCUGGAACUGGAGAUCAAGGUCUUCAAUAAGUAUCCCUUCUGGCCACAGCUUGCCCAUGGAAUUCAGGGCUUCCAGAGCGAUCUCUCGCGCAUUUACCCAGUGCAACUCAUUCGCAGUCUCCUGGAACCGAGUGCCUCGCAAACUAGUCCCCUCCUCUCGGAACUCUGGAGACGUCUGGUGGCCCUGCGUCCAGUUUACGAAAGGGUUUUGGCCACUCCGGCCGGCAAAGCCAUCACUGGCGAACUCCAGCGACUCGGCGUGGAUGUGGGCCAACUGGAUGCUCUGAUUCGGUAUCAGUUCGGCUGGAGCAAUGCCUCCCUUCCAACCUACGAUUACGUGGAUUACUUCUACUAAACAAUUGCCAAGGAUGCGAAUGAGUUGACGAACGAACCAUCAAAACCUUUUAAGUAUUACCUCUUUUGGCACAUCUAAUAAUCAAUGUGUGUGAGCCAAAACUUUCUUGUCUAGUCUAGUUUAUAAUCCUUACUUAGUCGCCAAAUAUCAACAUUAAACAUGCAAGGAAGAACAUUCA